AGAAAUUGCCACUACCUGGGUGAGUGGGGGGUGGGGAGGGAGGGGGGGGGAGAAGGGUGUGAUGGUGGAUGGUGGAUGGUGGGUGUUGAGGAAGACACCAGGAGUCACAACCUGGCGAGUGUGAGAGAGGAAGGGAGAGGGGGCGACGACAAGACGAGGCCCGAGAUGGUGGAGGAAGUGGAAGAGUAAUAGUGGUGGUGAUGAGGGGAGGAAAAAGAAGGGAUAGAAAAAGAGAACGAGGUGGUCCAGCAGGAGGAGAAAAGGAAGAAAGGACAGGACGGAAGGGGGAGGGGAGAGGGGGAGCAGGAAAGCAGCAAAGUGUAAAAGUAGAGCAGCAGAAGCAAAGCAAAGCAGAGCAGAGCAAAGCAAAGCAAAAGCAGUGCAAAAAGAAAGCAAGAGACCAGACCAGAGCAAACAAAGCACGCCCUCCAGACGGCACGUCGAAAAAGUCCCGGCGGCCGCUUAGUUCUAGUCUUCAAUCUCUUUUUUUUUCUUUCCUCCUUCUCUUCCUCCUCUUCCUCUGCGGCCCUGCUUCCCUGUACAGGUGGGUAAAAAAAAAAAGAAAAGAAAAGAGAUCAAUGCAAUGAUAUAAUCCAAGACUCACAACAGACUCAAAUGCAAAAUGCUUGGGAGAAGGAGGAAAAGGGUGUGCUCACAAUCAGUGGUCCGGGGGAAGGAGAUCACCCAGGCACGGAUGAAUGAAAUUGAAUAGA